AUAUCAAGUGUUGAUUCAAGUCGCACUUUCGUACUUGGUAAAAGACGAAAGAACAAACGAAAUGUCUAUGACUCGUUGAUACGUUACCAACGUGCACAUCGAUUCGCAAGAAUAAUGAAACGAAGGAUUUAUUUGCGCCGCAAGGCUGCGUGGGAACGAGAUGACCCAGAAGAGACGUUCAGCGUAGACUCUGCCAGUAGCCAAAAUGUUGAGAAUAACCCGAACGCGGGUGGUCAACCUGACCUUGUGAUUCCCACAUUCCUAGCAAAUGUAUUACAACAGAUAGCCAAUGCACCAAUGUUUCAACCACCUCCACCACCGCCACCGCGGGUGAUAACCUACAAAACAUUAAGGGAUAACGGUGCAGAAUUAUUCCUUGGGGAUCGCAUCGGUGAACCCCAAAUUGCAUGGGACUGGAUCGAGCAGACUGCUCGAGUGUUGGAGGAUCUUAAUGUACCCAUUGGCAACUAUCCCCGACUGGCGUCUCAGCUGCUUCGCAAGGAAGCCUACGAGUGGUGGAAGAGGACUGAUGAGAGUGCAGGAACCCCUAAGCCAUGGACAUGGACACAUUUCGAAUGGGCAUUCAAACAAGAAUAUAUUCCAAAAUGUUUUAGUGAAGAAAAACGUAAGGAAUUUGUCGAAUUGCAACAGGGAGACAUGACACUCCCCGAGUAUCGCCAGAAGUUUACCAGUCUUGCUAAGUUUGCACCAACCUUGGUGAGUACCCCAACCGAUCGCAUCGAGGAAUUCAGGAAGAAGCUUCGACCUGACCUUAGGUCGCGUGUGUCCGUUCUAACCACCGUGGAUUUCGCGGAGGCCUAUGAUCUCAUAGCCAGGGCAGACAGCGACUUGAGUGCUUGCAUUGAGUAUCUGAAGACAAAUAAUGUCAGUUCAAACACUCACCGUUCCAUCAACUCUAUCUCAAAAGGAAAAAGGCCCUUCCAGGAAUCUAGCAAUUCACACUUCUCAAAGAAAGGGAAAUCGUUGCAGACGCACUCUAUGGCAUCGGAAAACAAAUCAAAAGGGUGGAAACACCCAUUGUGCGAUACAUGUGGGAGACAUCAUCCAGGCAAGUGUUGGCUUGCCCAAGGAUUAUGUCUAGGUUGCGGCAAACCUGGACAUUUUCGAAGGGAUUGCCCCACUAAUCCUGGCAAACCAUUUCCGAUGGCCCCAGUUGUCAGCCAAUCAGCAUCAGCACGACCUGCGCCAAGUCAACGAUCAACGGCAAGAUCUAAUCCGGCCAAGAACCAGAGUCAGCAACAGGGACGAGCUCCUGCUCGUACUUAUGCAAUGAAGGCACGAGCUGAGGAAAACCCCGACGUCAUUCAGGGUAUGUUUUCCUUAUUUGAUUCUGUCAUGCAUGUGUUGAUAGACCCUGGAUCAACGUUAUCUUAUAUCUGCGUACCUAUACCUGACAAGGCUGACAUAAUGAAAGAACAAUUGGAACAACCUAUACUAGUGUCUAACCCGUUAGGACAUAGUAUGAGGUUAGGUCAUGUGUAUCAAGACUGUCCAUUGAUUGUUGAAGGACAUCAGUUCUCUGCCAAUCUUGUCGAAUUACCGUACAAAGAAUUUGACAUCAUCCUCGGAAUGGACUGGCUCACCGAACACCAAGCAAUUAUCGAUUGCCGACGACGAACGAUUCAACUAAAGUCUGGAGAGGGAAAGUCUAUAGAG